AUGAUCUUGCUUGUAGCGCCAAGGGUUUAUGUGGACUCCUACGCUGGCUCAAUCCGGCGUUCCACCACAUCGACGUCGCGGCAACAUUACACACAACAAGAGGAGGAAUGGGAUCGGGAAGGUCUGCUCGAUCCCGCAUGGGAAAAGCAGCAGAAAAAGACAUUCACCGCCUGGUGCAACUCGCAUCUGAGGAAAGCUGGUACUAGCAUCGAACUUAUCGAGGAAGACUUCAGAAAUGGUGAGUUCCGAAUCUCUCAAGGCUCAUCAAGCCUUCUUUCAGCGCCAAAGAAAAUACAUCGUUUUAUCUGA